ACCCAACAGCAUCUUCCUUGUAGAACAAUAUGGGGCAACAAGAAAUGAUGCAAGUCAUUUCAACUAAAGCCUGCAUCUUCAAAAUCCCCAGUAUACUCCGCAGGCACAACGAGGAUGCAUACAUCCCCAACGCAUUUUCCAUCGGGCCUUUUCACCGCGACAAGCACAACCUGAGACACACACAAAAGAUCAAGUUGAAGUACCUAGAAGGACUCCUCACUAGAACAGGUAAUCGAAAGACAAUGUUGAGGCAAUGCAUCAGCGUGAUCAAGACAAAAGAGAAAGAAGCUCGCGAGUGCUACGCAGAAGAAAUUGAUAUGAGUGAAGAGGAAUUUGUUGAGAUGUGUUGAUGCUUGAUGGUUGCUUCAUUAUUGAACUGUUAAGAAAGGAUGCAAAUGAAGUUCAAAAAGAUAGAGAUAACCCUAUUUUCUCCAUGUCCUGUAUGCUUCAAUUCUUAUACCAGGACUUGAUUUUGCUAGAAAAUCAAAUCCCCAGGUUUGU